GAAUGCAUUAGUCUAAUGAGAUGUUUGCAGCCGGAGAGCAGGGCUGCUGGAGACUAACUGUGAGCUACUAACACACGGGUGGAAGAUAGCUUUUGUAAUACUCGGUUUGCAUGUGCUGAAAGUCAUCUGUCUUCUGAGUCAACACUCCUGACCUGGUAAACAACCUGAUCAGGGCUCUGGUGAACAGCUGUAGCUCAAGCCUCGGGUCCUCAUGACUCCAUUAUCCCUCUCACCUCUGCGGAGUACCCUGGAGCCCGACCUCAGCUCCAUUCCUCAGGAUGCAGCCACCGUCCCCAGCCUGGUGGCCCCGCAGGCUGUCACAGUCUGCCUCUACAUCAACAAGCAGGCCAACGCCGGGCCGUUCCUGGAGAGGAGGAAGGUGCAGCAGCUCCCCGAGCACUUCGGGCCCGAGAGGCCGUCGGCGGUGCUGCAGCAGGCCGUCCAAGCGUGCAUCGACUGUGCCCACCAGCAGAAGCUGGUGUUCUCCCUGGUCAAGCAGGGCUACGGUGGCGAGAUGGUGUCAGUGUCGGCUUCCUUUGAUGGCAAGCAGCACCUGCGGAGCCUGCCCGUGGUGAACAGCGUCGGCUACGUCCUCCACUUCCUCGCCAAGCUGUGCCGAAGCCUCCUGUGUGACGGCCUCUUCAGCCACCACCCCUUCCCCAGGGGCUCCGGCGCCUCCGAGAAAGCCCGGGAGAAAGAGGAAGGGAGGAUGGAGUCAGCCAAGACAGUCACCACCGAAGAGUGCCUGGUGGACCCUGUGGGCAUGAACCGCUACGGCGUGGACCCCUCUGCCUCCGCCUUUAACAACAGGGGCUCCUUGCCCCCCUCCUCGCUGUACUGCAAGAGGCAGAACUCUGGAGACAGUCACCUUGGGGGAAGCCCUGCUACCACAGCUGGUGGUCCCCGCAUCAGCCCCAUGUCCUCUGGAGGCCCCCCAGCACCGGGGCUGAGGCCCCCAGCCUCCAGCCCCAAGAGAAAUGGGACCACUCUGGAAGGAAACAAAUGUGCCUCAAACCCUUCUCUGGAAGGGCAGGAUGCCAGGCGGCCACGGAGCAGGAACCCCUACAACUGGACCGUGGAGGACGUGGUGUGGUUCGUGAAAGACGCCGACCCGCAGGCUCUGGGGCCCCACGUGGAGCUCUUCAGGAAGCACGAGAUUGAUGGCUAUGCGCUCUUGUUGCUGAAGAGUGACAUGAUCAUGAAGUAUCUGGGCCUGAAGCUGGGACCUGCACUGAAACUCUGCUACCACAUUGACAAACUGAAGCAAGGCAAGUUCUGAAGUUUUUCAAAAGAUAGAAGCAAAAUCUAAAACAACAGAUAUCAAGAUUAUCUUCUGCCUUACCAACAUCCAGCCAACGUCACAAAAUAGACUCUCCUCCUAAAACUAACAGCUACAGAGACUUGGUCUUUUUAUAAAACUUGUGCAUCUUUGCCUUUUUAAAAAUCCAACAUGGCCCUUUUCGAAAGACUCAUCCUUGUUAAUGAUUUGCCAAAAAAAAUUAUGAAAAGCCUGUUAUUUAUAACAUCCCUGAUAUGUUGGUUGCUCUUAGAGUGGGUCCUAUUUGCAUAAUGAGAGAAUGGGGGACUGAAUGCUAAUGCCAAGGAGAGCCCCGGAGGGCUCAAGGGAUAUAAGAAGGACCUUUGUCCCUGCGGGGUCUGCAGGGACACACACCGCAGCGCCACCUGCCUCUAACUUUGACCUGGGUACCGACCAGUGUGAGCCUUGCUUGACUCAGCUCUGGAAGCUGUCUCUGGGGAUGACUGCCUCACCUUGCACUAUCUGGAAAACUUGAAUUCUUUUGCUCUCUGAAAGAGAAUGAAAAAAAAAAAAAGAUCUUUUCUAUUCCUAGUUAUCCGAAGUCCUGUGUUUCCCCACUAGAGGGCAGACUGCUAAUGAAACUUCAGGACCCUCACUGACUGCAGUGAUCGAUUACACGGUGCUCAGCGGAUGGGUUAGGGUUUCUGUGGACAAGAUCUAGCCUACACAGAAACAGGGAUUUAUUCCCCAGUCAGCAUCACAGAUUACAACUUGGGAAGAAACCAUCAUCUAGAGGGUUCUAGUUCACAUCCAGUCAUUGCUGACUGACUGACUGAUAGGCAAGCAGCAAAGGCAAGAAUUUGGAAACACACUCUGCCCAGACGGGGCUUUGGAGUCCCUUCCCUUCUAGAGUCCUUAUUGAGGUGUUGAUGUGUCGGUAUGCUGAAGAAUCUUAGUGACAUUUAGCCACGGGUGUUUCUUUUAAAAAGAAAAAGAAAAAAUGUCUCAA